CCACAUAGAUACCAUCACGAAAGUAAACUUCCCAACCACAAACCAGCUGUUGGAUUUCUUGAAUGCGAGUAGGCGUUACUUCUUCACUAAUACAUGGGGCUAUAAGCAUAACGACACGUGGAGUGGGAUGACAGGAUUCUUGGACAGAGAGGAAGUUGAUAUUGGAGGAUCACCGAUGUUUCUAACUGGCGAGCGACUUUCCGUAGUUGAGUACAUCUCGAGUCCUACUCCGACUCGAUCGAAAUUCGUCUUUCAGCAACCGAAGCUAUCAUAUGAGAAUAAUUUGUUUCUCCUUUCGUUCAAGCGUUCCUUAUGGCUCGGUUCCGUAGUUCUAAUAAGUAUGUUAUUUUUGUUUCUGUUUCUUGUCACAGUAUGGGAAUGGAAAAGGACAUCUAUACACAAGAGAACGAUAAGAACAAGAAACGCAGGAAUCUUGAGACCGAAUGUAGUUGAUGUUGCUUUAUUAAUAUUUGGUGCGACGUGUCAGCAAGGAAGUACAGUUGAAUUGAAAGGGUCAUUAGGUCGCAUGGUAUUAUUUUUACUUUUCAUCAUGUUGACAUUCCUGUACACGUCGUAUUCUGCUAACAUCGUCGCUCUGCUGCAGUCGAGCUCGUCUCAAAUAAGAACCCUGGAGGACUUGCUGCAUUCAAGGAUCAGUUUCGGCGUCCAUGACACCGUGUUCAAUAGAUAUUAUUUUUCGACAGAAACUGAGCCUGUUAGACGAGCGAUAUACGAAAAGAAAGUAGCGCCACCAGGAAGUGCACCACGCUUUAUGACGAUGGAGGAAGGAGUCCAGGAAAUCAGAAAGGGCCUGUUUGCGUUUCAUAUGGAAACUGGUGUUGGAUAUAAGUUCGUUGGAAGAUAUUUCGAAGAAGGUGAGAAAUGUGGCCUAAAAGAGAUCCAGUACUUGCGCGUUAUAGACCCGUGGCUGGCCGUCAGAAAGGAGACUCCGUUCAAAGAAAUGUUCAAAAUUGGUACAAAACGUCUCCAAGAACACGGUCUGCAGCAGCGCGAAAAUCGAUUAUUGUAUGAGAAGAAGCCAAAAUGUACAGGUCGUCAAGCUAACUUCAUAUCCGUCAGUAUGGUCGACUGCUACCCGGCUCUGUUGAUACUAUCGUAUGGAACUCUAAUCUCAAUAUCUGUAUUGUUUGCGGAAAACCUUUAUUAUAACCGUCGCCGUUUAUUACACAGAAUGCAAUCAACAGAACCGCCUGUAUCCAACACACUUCAGUACUCGAAAAUGAAGUACGCGUAUCUGUUUCUUUUAGCGUUCAGCCGAAACGUUUGCUCAGAUGAGAUCAAAAUGAUUGCCGACGUAGUUAAAUCUUAUCAGCAACCGACUAGUAUUUCGCUGAAAGUUUGUUGGAAUACAGCUAAAAAGAAAAAUAUGGUGAAGGAAAUUUAUAAAAUAUAUCCGCCUAAGGCUGUUCAAUUUAUUGAAAUAAAUGAUAACAUUGUAUCCGACUCGCUGACGAAUACUAUUAUUGUUAUGGAUAUGAAAUGUCCGAAGACUUCAGAGUUUUUGAAAAAAGCUAACGUCACACAAAAGUUUCGAAGCGUUUAUCACUGGCUAAUUAUCUACAACUCGGAUAAUGUUGAUAAGAAUAUUCCGUCCGAACUAAACGAUUUAAGCAUUCUGGUUGAUUCAAGUGUCCUUAUCGCGAAUAAAAAUUAUAAUACGUAUUGGUUAUAUUCGAUUUAUAAAUACAUGCCUGAAGGCAACUGGAAGGUAGAGACAUUUGGUACUUGGACUUAUGAAAUGGGUUUAAAGAAAUUGAUAACUAUGAAUAUUCCGAGUUCCCAGAGACGUAGAAAUUUAGAAGGGACGAAAAUUGGAACCUCCAUGGUGGUCAACGAUAAUGAUACACGAAUGGAUAUUUUAAGCAUGAGAAAUUUGAAUACGGAUCAUCUGACGAAGGCCGGUUACAGACAAAUCUUGCCGUUAUACUAUUUCAUGAAUGCCACCCUGAUAACCGUGUUCACGGACACUUGGGGGUAUUUGAGGAACGGUUCCUAUGAUGGUAUGAUCGGUGAGGUGACCCGGGGUACGGCGGAACUGACAGGGACGGUGAUGUUCUUUACAAAACCCCGAACUAAAGUUCUUGAUUUUUUAUCAUUUCCACUACCAUCGUCCGUGAGAUUCGUUUUCCGCCAGCCGUCGUUGUCUUAUCAAAACAAUAUAUUCGUACUGCCUUUCAAACCAACUGUUUGGCUGUGUAUUUUAUGCCUCAUUAUACUUUUGCUCGUCAUUGUAUUUAUUAACGGACGGUGGGAAAAUUUUAAAUGCCACGAUAUUGAUAAGACUCCUCGCUCUCCACAUCUUGAUAUCAGCGAAAUUACUAUGAUGGUCAUAGGAGCUAUCACUCAACAAGGAAGCUUUACGGAAUUCAAAGGAACUCUGGGUAGAGUAGUGAUGUUCCUGAUGUUCUUCGUAUUCCUUUUCUUGCAUACGUCAUAUUCAGCCAACAUAGUUGCUUUACUUCAAUCCAGCUCCAAUGACAUAAAGACAUUGGCUGAUCUGUUAAACUCUAAAUUAGAACUCGGUGCUGAGGACACGCCUUAUAAUAGACAGCAUUUAUCCACCGCUUCCGAACCAAUAAGGAAGGCUAUUUACGAAAAGAAAAUAGCUCCAGCUGGAUCUAAGCCAAAUUUUAUGACUUUGGAAGAAGGAGUGAAGAGAAUUCAGACGAAACCGUUCGCUUUUCACAUGUACCUCGGCGGUGGAUACCGUCUCGUAGAGAAAUAUUUCCUGGAGCACGAGAAGUGCGGACUGCAAGAGAUUCAGUUUAACCACGAGACUAUACCCUGGGUCACGUGCCGUAAGAACUCGCCGUACAAGGAGAUAUUUAAAAUAGGUUUAUUGAGGAAUCAGGAGCACGGUCUGAAUGAUCGCGUCAACCGUUUAAUAUACUCUCGCAAGCCUGUUUGUUCGGUUCACGGAGGUACCUUUGGUUCCGUGAAUAUGACCGACUUCUACCCAGCCCUCCUGAUGCUGGUAUAUGGAAUGAUAGCUUCUCUUCUUCUGUUGGCUAUCGAAUGCUUGGCUUCACAACGCUUAUGUCAUCUUAGAAACAGAAUCUGACUUGCUGAAUUCAUUACUGCUUUUGUUAAUAUUAAAUCGCUUAAUAGUAUUUUCAUCUUAAUAUAAUCUAUACUUACAACUGUACAAUAGGAAAAGUAAUGAUUAAAUUACUGGUAAUAAAUUAAAUCAUUAUCCACCGCUUUUCAUAUAAACAGUGUUCGUAAUAUUAAAGAAUUUUCAUAUAUGUUACACUUACUAAACUGUAAAUGCAAUUUUUCCUAUGGUAACAAUUUUCAAAUAAGAAACCAAUAUAUUACGGGUCAACAUAGAACCAUUUCUAUCGUUAGUCAUUACUUUAGAUCAUGAACUUUUUAUUAGUACGCCACACGUAUAAGAUAAUAAAGUAAUUAUAGCAGUA